AUGGCCGAUGAGAAGUCUGAUAGACUAAAACUCGAUAGCCUCAGACCGGGUAUUUCUAAUUUCUACAUAAACUCGAACAUUUCCUGGUUCUUAUCUCCUCAAUGGAAGUUUCUACAUGGCGUCAUUGGCGAUGAUCACUUCUUUGACCUCUUAACUAGCACUUGCCUCUUUUUGAAACUUGAAAACGGUUGCCUGGCGCAGGUUGCUGGCACUCCCGUAUUCUACGAUAACAAGUACAAGCUCAAUAAGCCAGCCCCAGCUAAACCUUCCCAAAUUGCCAUCGCCAGACACAGACUCUUCUACGGUCGACCGCUCUUCUAUUCAACAACGAACAAGGUUUACGCUAUUGGUCUGCCUACUACGCACGUCCUCAACAGACUCGAAGGCAAGGUAAACAACUUCACCGCCUCUCCACCCCUCUACCUUAUCGCACAUAUAUUUCCACACCAGCACAAACUGCGUAGCAUGUUUGACGCUGCAAAUGGCAUCACCAUGUCUUACAACAGAUUGAUGCGCGAUGCAGAGAUUGAAGCCUCUAAUCCACACACCCCCACGCGUCUCAAGCAAACUCAAGUCCUGUUCCAGCGCAUGCUCACUCGUCAUUUCAAUUUGGAUUACGUCUCUGUACUUAAACGUCACUGUGCGAGCAAGACUAGAGGGCGCAAUAUAGACAUGACGCAGUACAUGGAUGAUGAUUUCGUUCACAUGUCGGAGCAUAUCCAAACACAAAGUCAGUUAGACAAAGACACCACCCUCGCAACGCAAAUGUCCAACCAGAGUGAUGUAGUACCCAUACCCUAUCGCCCGGACAUUAAAGCUCCGCCGUCUUUCCAGGAUCUUCAAUGUGGGCAUGGCGAGGUGAAGGCAUUCGCUAAGCAUGUCUUGUCAGACAUUAUACCUGGGGAGUUGUUCGGUUCUACGCACAACAAGUUGAGGAUAUUCGAUAGUGUUGACGCCUUCAUCAGUAUGCGCAAGUACGAGACUCUCACGCUGCACGCUCUCGUCCAAGGACUGCAGGUGAACGACUUCAAAUGUUUCUAUUCUGCUCAUUACAAGCAGGAGAAUGGGCGGAGUGAGAGGAUUCCCCCAAGUGAGCAGACCAAGGUGACACAGGUUGUACUCGAGUGGAUUUACUGGAUAUUCGAGGAUCUUCUCAUACCAUUGUUGAAGAACACAUUCUACGUGUCGGACUCCUCCGCGGACAGGAAACGCACGUACUACUUCAGACACGACGACUGGCUGCGCGCCACCGCGCCGCUUCUGGAGCAGCUCUCGAGUAGCAUUUUUGAGCGAGCGAGUGAGGAUCUGACGCACAGCUACCGCACACUGCAACCAUCCUAUGUCCGUCUCAUGCCGAAAGAAACGGGCGUGCGACCGAUAGUGAAUUUGCGCAAACAGAACUGGGUCGAUGAUGACCGGCUUGGUCACAAAGUCGGUUACAGGCGGGGUCUAUCCAUCAACCAUAUCCUGCGAUCGGCAUUCGAUGUGCUCUCGUACGAACGUCUGCGCCAGCCUAACGCUAUGGGUGCUAGCCUCCUCGGCGCUCAAGAGGCAUUUGAGAGACUGAAGGAGUACAAGAAGCGGAUUAUUGGUGGUGCUGGUGAAAGUACCCAUCGGAAAUUUUACCUCAUAAAAGCUGAUAUACAGUGCUGUUUUGAUACAAUCGAUCAACAAAAACUGCUCAAUAUGCUCGAUGAGAUAAUAAAGGAUGAUGACUAUGUUAUUCUGAAACAUCACACUCUCGCUCGUCACAAUGAUACGUAUAAGCGCACUUUCAAGAGACAGGCUGUACCGGAGUAUGAAGAGGAAUCGUUCAUAGACUACUCGAAGAAGCUGUCCGAAAAGCUGCGCAAUACCAUCAUUGCUGACCAGGUAGUCCAUCCGCAUAUAGAAAAGAAUGACUUAUUGAAGCUGUUAAAGGAGCACAUAAUGGAAAAUCUGAUCAAAAUUAACAACCGCAUCUAUCGUCAAGCUACGGGUAUCCCACAAGGUAGUAUUUUAUCCACUAUACUGUGCAGUUUCUUCUACGGAAUGCUUGAGCGGAAUGAGAUGGAAUUCGUUCAGCAAUCACCUUCAGCGUUGUUGUUGAGGUUUAUAGAUGAUUUCCUGUUCAUUACUACGGACAGAGAGGAAGCUCGUUACUUUCUUCAAGUAUUGCGCAAAGGGUUCCCGCAAUACGGUGCACAUAUCAGUGACCACAAGACACUGGUCAAUUUUGAUAUCAGUUUCGACGGUGUCGAGACAAUCAACCGGUGUCAGAGACCAGACGACUACUUUCCCUGGUGUGGGAUACUCGUAAACUCGAAAACGCUCGACGUAAAAGCAGAUUACGGCAAGACAUUCGAAACGGAUAUACGUAAUUCUUUCUCAGUUGGUGAUGGGUGCAGAAUCGGUGAGACAGUUGUACAGAAACUGACGCAAUCUUUCCAACAGCACGCACAUGCACUCUAUGCUGAUUGCAAUUUCAACUCGAGCGAGACGGUGAAGCGAAACCUAUACGAAAAUUACCUAGUGGCGGCUGUUAAGAUGGGCGUGUUCUUGACUGACGUGUUGGACUGGAAGAGGGUGAAUGUCGCGUAUAUUCAACGCGUCGUUGAAAAUGUCGUACAGUUUGGCGUGCGAUACACCCUCUUUAAAGCAUCAACCAAGCAGGGCUCAUACUGUACUGUGCCGCCCAGACUUAUCUACUGGCUCGGCUAUAAGGCGUUUGAGAGGGUGCUCGUCAAGCUCAUGUCUGAUUCUUCCCUCAAUAACGCCAUCAGAGCAGCAUCGAGGAAGCUGCUCAGAGGUGUCGGUGCUACUGUCAACAAAGGAAUCUUCAAGAGGUACCGCACUAACAGAAACCUCAACAGCAUCGUCAAACACUCUUUAAAUCAUCUUUACUAA